ACCUCACUAGUUUAAUGUAAGAUGGUGGUUAGGAGGCACUAACGCUCUACAGAGAAGCUAUAAGAAACAAGGCUUGGUGUUUUCGCAGCAAAUCACACAGGAGCAGGGACAAACCACCCGGGGAAAUUAUAUUGUGACCUGUUGUGCUAAACCUGGGCUGCUCAGAUAGAUUUGAUUUGCUGUGAGUCUGAUACAGAUAGACAGGCUCUGCAUCUACACUGUGAGAACACCCCCCCUCUUUUCUCCACGCUGUGCCAUAGGAUGUCCCGCAGCCCUGAGGUGAAGGAGGACCCCAUGGAGUGCCCGCUGUGCAUGGAAUCAUUGGAGAUUGAUGACGUCAAUUUCUUCCCUUGCACCUGUGGCUAUCAGAUCUGCCGCUUCUGCUGGCAUCGCAUACGCACAGAUGAGAACGGCCUCUGCCCGGCCUGCAGAAAGCCUUAUCCAGAAGACCCUGCAGUAUACAAACCUCUCUCUCAAGAGGAACUUCAGAAGAUAAAGAACGAGAAAAAGCAGAAGCAGAAUGAGCGGAAGCAGAAGAUCACAGAGAACCGCAAGCAUCUCUCCAGUGUGCGAGUCGUCCAGAGAAACCUGGUGUUUGUGGUGGGCCUUUCGCAGAGACUCGCUGACCCAGAGGUCUUAAAAAGGCCGGAGUAUUUCGGGAAGUUUGGGAAGAUCCAUAAGGUGGUCAUCAAUAACAGCACUUCUUAUGCUGGCUCACAGGGUCCUAGUGCCAGUGCCUACGUCACUUACAUUCGAUCAGAAGAUGCCCUCCGAGCUAUACAGUGUGUUAACAAUGUUGUAGUAGAUGGCAGAACACUUAAGGCUUCUUUAGGUACAACAAAAUACUGCAGUUAUUUUCUGAAAAGCACGCAGUGCCCCAAACCAGACUGCAUGUAUCUUCACGAGCUGGGAGACGAAGCUGCUAGUUUCACGAAAGAAGAAAUGCAGGCAGGGAAACAUCAGGAAUAUGAACAGAAACUCUUACAGGAGCUCUACAAAACAAACCCCAGCUUCCUGCAGAGCUCGACAGGGGCAGGGGAGAAGACAAAGGGCAAAUCAUGCACAUCACAGAGUUCCAGUAGUAACAACAAAGAAGCUUGGCCUUCGUUACAAACCACAGGAAAGACGCCCAAUGGGCUUCCAGAACACUAUAAGACCCCACCCCUAGAUGGCAGCUCAGACUCUGAAAACAUGACUCCAGACGGUCUGGACACAGAACUGGGCCUUGGCUCCAUCACUGGCCUGCCUCCCUUCACGUCAGACUGUGACCCUGUCAGCCCAACUAACAGACCUACAGAUUCCAUCGGUCUAAGUAACGGAGAAACAUCACAAAUUUCCGGCAAAGACUCUCCAUCGCCUCCUCCUGGCCUGUCCAAGCCGUCUCUAGUGGUGCCUCUCUGUGUAGCAGGGCUGACAGUACGGUCGCCUUUCGAAGGAGCCGCAGCGGAGUCACAGUCGCUCUUUUCAGACAACAGCAACUUCCGGCACCCCAAUCCCAUCCCCAGCGGCCUGUCCGGCUUUUCCAGUUCCCUUCACAGCAACUCUGACUGGCCCACUGCCCCAGAACCACAGAGCCUCUUCACGUCAGAUACCAUACCAGUGGCGUCCUCUACGGACUGGCAAGCAGCCUUUGGCUUUGGCUCUUCUCCAAAGCAACAGGAUGACGACCUUGGCUUUGACCCCUUUGACGUCACCCGUAAGGCAUUGGCGGACCUAAUAGAGAAAGAGCACUCGGUGCAAGACCAAGCCUCCUUACUAAUGCCCGGCACAAAAUCAGUGCCAGUCUUCCCUCAUGGGCCUAUACUGGGCCCAACCCACAACGCCCCCUCCAUGAAAGUCCCACUUCAGCUCCCCACGUCUUCACACUUUGCCACAAACUCCAGCUUGCCCUCGCGGGGGUUCUCCCAGCUCCCACACCGCCCUGUCUACAACUCCUUCAGCUUUCCCGGCCAGACGCAGACCUCUCGUCAUAGUUGGAUGGGCAUGCCCAUGCGCAAUAAUCUCCCACAUUUGAAUCACCUCGGAACCCCCUCUACCGCACAGCACAGCAGCUAUUUGGACUUGAACCUGAUGCCACAACAACAACAUCAUCACAAUAUGGGGCUCGGAGGUAUUCAUAUGACAGAAAACAGCACCUCAGUAGAAAGUCUAAAUGUGAAGGAGUGGCAGGAUGGACUCAGAGCACUUUUACCCAACAUCAACAUCAACUUUGGUGGACUGCCCAGCUCCUCAUCUUCAUCCUCCUCCUCGUCCAGUGUGAACCACACAGGCGGAAUCUCACACAGCCUUAGCUGGGACGGCACAACCAGCUGGAAGGACCCUGCCAUCAUCACAGGUAUCCCAGUAUCCUCAGGCAACAGUCUAGACUCUCUGCAGGAUGACAAUCCUCCCCACUGGCUCACAUCCUUGCAGGCACUCACAGAGAUGGAUGUCCCUUCCGGCUCCACAGUGCCCCCUCAGCCCCAACACAAUAGCCCUUUCGGAUCCCAGUUCCCCCACAGAGCUGGCUGGACCCCUUAUCCAACCCCAGCCAUGGCCAACCCCGCCACCCAGUUCCACUCACCUCCCCCAGGAUUCCAGACCGCCUUCAGAGCCUCAGCACAGGCCUCCACAGAUCUGCUACAGAGUGCUGGCAUGGACCGACAUUAGGAACUGUGAAAACCUAUUCCCCUUACCCGAAGAACAGCCAACAAACACUGCAGAUGAAUCAGUACAAAGCUAUUAACAAAAUAACAAGAUCAUGUAUUAUUUUCUCUCUUCAUAUUGCGCUCAUUUUUAUCCCGGAUUUGUGUUUCUUUUGGUUGAGUUUUCCUUUUUUUUUUUUGCCGAAGUGCUCUGUUCCAGCUUUCCCAUAUCAAACGGUCUCUUAAUAAGCCAGUUGUCACAGAAAAGUAGUUUUCGGCAGGUAUGAAGCCUAAACAAAUAAAAACGUAACAAUAAAGUCACUAUAUAAUUUUUGGACCUCUUCAUACAAAAAAAAAAAAAUGCAUCAUCAAUGAAAUUCCAUUGGAACCGAAAAGUGGCUUGAUUUAGAAACAAGAGUCUGCCUUCAAAGCUAAACCAAAAAGAACAGCACCUGUUCAUCCAUCUGCAUAACAGAGGAGCUACUUCCUGUGAGAGUCCUUAAAGCCAUGCAGCUGAGCAAUCAAGUAGAUAUCUCAAAUAAAAUCAGGGCUUCAGUUUUUGUGUUUGAUCAAAAGGGUACUUGGCUUCCAUUAUUCUGACGGAUCAAAGGCAUAAUGAUGGCGAAAAAAAACAACAACUUUUACUGUGGAUUUUUGGCCUUUAACGUUGUUCUACAUAUCUGUGCCCUUGUUAAAAGGGAGAUGCAUUUUUAUGGGUCAUAAACAUGGUGGCCGCUCUUGACGUGGCAUUUAGCUAUAGAUGGAUGUAAGCCUUUGCCUUUGACCCUUCCACCAAAUUUCCUGGUUGGUCAGGGGGUCUUCUGCUUUAGAUCGAAACACCGCCGUUAACUUCUGUAUCAGAGGGCGGCGCAUUGCGAAAUCAAGAGGAAUUGAAAGUGUGGUACCACCGACUCUCUUUUAAGCGCAGGGCUCAUGUAGCACACGGGAUACCACCAUGUGGCGUCUCUCAUAGCUGCCUCAACAUACGUGGCCAGUGUUUACGCUUGACUAUGCUCCCUAAAGAAACUUGAAGGUGUGCGAGGUGUACGGAGUUUUAGGAAAUAGAUCUAGAGUCAGAAUGCGGUGAUGUGUGAAUGCGUGGCGUGAAACUUGCGAUUGAUGGGUGUGUGAAGAAACUAAUCGGGGUUAAAGGGCUUUUCGAAUGAUGCCGGUGGAGGGAAAUUCAUGAGGAUGUGAUCAUGUCGUUUGUGUCUGUAGCAAUUACUUUGCAAGGUUUUUUUUCCCCCACAAAAGUGAUAAAAGGGAAAGCUGGGAUAGCGGCGCUUCUGGGCAACUGAUGUUUUGGCAAUACACAGGGGGCUCGUCCGGGAUGGUUAACACUGUUUGUCACUCAUCCUUGUUUCUUUUAACGGUCUUAAUCCUGUAUCAGCUGUGUUGGUUCCUGCCGACAAUUCGGUAUAUUCAACAGUAUUCAAGAGGAAAUAAUCAAUCAAAUCCCGAUGACAACGAACCAGUACAGUUUAACUUGGGUUUUACACAAUGCUAAAAUGUAAGAAAAAUGAAGAGCUGAAGGAAAUUGUACCUCUUUAAAGGUCUGGAGGAAAACUAAAUCUUAAAUAAAAGACGAAAUGUCA